UCUACCAAGAUGGAUCUGAUCAACAAAUUCUACGGAGGCUACCGGUACCUGAUGGACGAUCUGUCCGAUCCCCGCACCAAAGAUUGGCCCCUGAUGAGCUCUCCCUUCCCAACGAUUGCUAUCAGUUUAACUUAUGCGUACUUUGUUAAGGUCCUCGGUCCCCGGCUGAUGGAAAACCGCAAACCAUUCCAACUGCGCCAGGUACUCAUCGUGUACAACGCCAUCCAGGUCCUGUUCAGCACCUGGCUCUUUUAUGAGGCAUGCGUGUCCGGCUGGAUGGCAGGUUACAGUUUACGGUGCCAACCGGUCGAUUAUUCCCGGUCCCCGCAGGCUCUCAGGAUGGCAUCCGGAUGCUGGUGGUACUUCUUCUCCAAGUUUACCGAGUUCUUCGAUACGCUGUUCUUCGUCAUGCGCAAACGCUACGAUCAGGUCUCGACGCUGCACGUCAUCCAUCACGGCAUCAUGCCGGCCUCGGUCUGGUGGGGCGUUAAGUUCACUCCAGGCGGCCACAGUUCGUUCUUCGGUCUGCUCAACACCUUCGUCCACAUCGCCAUGUACGCGUACUACAUGCUGGCAGCCAUGGGACCCAAAGUGCAGAAGUACCUCUGGUGGAAGAAGUACCUGACCGUGCUGCAGAUGAUCCAAUUCGUGCUGGUGAUGGCCCAUGCCUUCCAACUGCUGAUCUGGAACCCAUGCAACUACCCGAUCGCGUUUGCCUACUUCAUCGGAGCUCAUGCCCUCAUGUUCUACUUCCUGUUCUCCAACUUCUACAAAUCGGCGUACAAUAAGAACCAGGCCAAGAAGGAAAAACCAGCCCCGCUGAUGGUCAACGGCAGCAGCAACGGAAUCAGCAGCUACGACUCGGACAAGCCCAGCUUCAAGGAAAGCAGCCGAAGCAGCUUCUACCAGGCGGUGGGAAAAACUGUCGAGGAAAGCUACUCCACAACCCGGCACCGAGUCUACGUGGGAUCCGUCAAUAAUUGAGAGACCCUUCUGCAUCAACUGGAGUUUUAUCGGAAAUUAAGCUCGGAAGUCGGCUCAACGUUGCGAAGGAGGGGGAAUCGAACAAAUUAUGCGUAUUCCAUAUCCUUUCGUUAUGUAGGUUAUCGAAGGAUAUAACGAAAAAAAUGCUUUGGACCAACGAAUCGCAGGAAUAGUUUCCAAAAGACAGGACUGAAUGAUUUUUUGUGUUUUUUUUUAAACUUAGUUAAGUAAAUGGGAUGAGUGAGGAUUUAGUUUUAAGGAUCAACGGCUUCGGGUGAAUAUUGCUCAAAAGCUCGUUAACAGUAAUAUUAGAGAUAGGUAGCUGUUAAGAUCGUGAUAGCCAGCAACUUUCAGCUCAGAAGAUUUUCUUUCGGUUUGUACGACGGAAAGUGCAGAGAUUAUCUGCGGAACGCAAAUAUUGCUGUACAGAUUCUAUUUUACAAGAAAACUGUUUCAACUAUGUAAAAAGUGUCUUCUGUGGGAAUUCUGCAACGAGAUAACUGUAAUUUUAUGAACAAAACCCUUUGCUGUAGCAUACAAUUUCGCUUGUGAAUUUACAUUUUCUAUUUUUAUCAUCAUUUUUUUUUAUCGUAUCGGAAUUUGUAACCGAAAUUGAAUCGAAAACUACAAUCCACAGUGCGAGGUUGUAUGCAAUAAAACGGGGGAAACAGAAGCUCGGCUUCACAAUAAAAUUUUCCACAUCCGCAGAGAGCUCUCUGUUCCAUUUUCUAAACGUUGAUUUUAGCAAUUGGCAACUCUCGAGCAAGAGUUCGCAAAUUUUUUAUAACAAAGAUUUGCGUUACUUUUUAUUGUUUAAAAAAAAAUAACACAAGCCUUUCGAUUAUCAGCUGCACAAAAAAAAAUGCACAUUGAAACACAAAUUCGACAGUAGUCAUAAAUGUCCCGUGAUUCAUGUCAUCUAUUAUAAUAGUGGUAUAAGAGGGCGUAGUGAGUAGUCGCCGAGAUUGAUUAGCUAGCAGCUAGACUUGGCGCAAUAUGUUAAGCGUCAGUUUUGUAAAUAGUUAUUUCGUAUCAUCGAAUCAGCUGAGCAGACGCUAGCCGAAAGGAACGGAACCUCCCGGAGGAUUUGUUUCAAAAACAUAAAAGAAGGCGUUAACAUCAGAUUAUGGUAUGCGAGUCGGAUGUGCAAUAAAACUAAUGAUUGACAAAUAA